AUGGAAUCUGAUACAAAGUCCUCGACUGGUGACACAGCCCUGUCAAGUCGCUCUUCUUCCUCUCCUCCUUCAACAAUCAACGACGAUCAUUCCUACAUUGUUGAAAUUUACGUCAGCGUCAAACACAGGUACUGUGAUCUAGUGCUCAAUCAUCCGUGGAAAACUAUCCUAACCACACUUGGAUUUUCUUUUACGCUUGUAAUUCUUUCGGUGGCAUUUCAUUACCAGGUCUUCGAUUUUGACCCAGUAAAAGGUUUCGAAACUAGAGGAACAACUCUGGCGAAUGCACGAUUGACGCUGGACGCCAUAAAACGAACUGCAACGUCUCCUUUCCACAUUAUGAAUUCACAAUUUGAGAAAAAUAUAAAGAAAAGGCAAGCAAAGGUGUUCAAAGUUAACGCUAGGCCACCUGACAACGUUACUACCACUUCCGGGAAGACGACAGAACGGGUGAACGACGAGACUGCUUCACUGAGCACGACGUUGGAGCCAAUAUCAAUCAACUAUGAUGACUACGGAGCGGAUCCGGAGCCAAAAAUCGGAGAUUUGGCAGAUCCAUGCGUCCAAUAUAUGGCUCUCGGUGAGAGAAUCCCCUAUCAGGUUAUCGAUUACUCGGCGAAGAUCAUCUUGGAAGUGGAUGAUCGGAAGUUAUUUACUGUGGAUGUGUUUCGUAAGUUGUGCGAAGUGGACAGAAUUAUCGACGCUGAAGUGGAGACUUCAGCAUAUAAACCUCGAAAGAUUUUCGUGAAAAAUUCCUUCAACCUUCCAUUUUAUGCGAAUUGCCUGAAUUUCACGACUCCGAACACGUGCGAGGCCAUAAAUGUGCACGACAUAGAAACACUGCGAAUCACAAUUGCAAAAUGUCAAACACUGCGAAUCACAAUUGCAAAAUGUCGUAAGAAUUCCUCUCUUCCGAUAUGCAGCUCUCAACUUUUCGGACAAAUUUUCAACUACUUAUUGCCACGUUCAAAAAAUAGUAACUACGUUUCCAUCUUGUUGAAGAUCGCUGCUAGUGAUGGUGGCGGAGGAAGCCUGCAAUUCUACAAUAAGCUGCUCGAAUCGCUGAAAAACCAUUUAGCGCCUGAAAUCAUUUUGAAAGGCGCAUUUUUUAACGUGAAAAACAACGAAUUCCUCCAUGCACUUGCAAACGACACUAAAAUUGCGUCCAUAUCAGCUGUUCUGGUACUUUCAUGUUUUCUCUUCUAUACCCGGAGCGUUUUCUAUACAUUUAUAAUUUUCGUCAUAUUUUUCUUGUCAAUGGGUAUAGCAUUCUUCUUCUAUACGGUAAUAUUACGGAUCAAUUUCUUUCCUGCUCUCAAUGUUCUUGUGCUUGUUCUAAUGAUAGCUGUUGGUGCUGACGACGCUUUUCUGCUUUUAGUUUAUUACAGACGAUACAAAAAGCUAAAAGUUGAACCGUAUCAAAUAGGAGAACCAUACAUUCCACUCUACAAAGAACAUGAUCGCGUAAUCCGAGCCAUUCGUGCCUCUAUGAGACAUUCGCUGGCGUCCAUGUUCGUCACUUCAGCAACUACAGCCGUUGCUUUUAUAUCGAAUCUUUCCAGUGACAUUAUAGUUCUUAGAUGUUUUGGAGUUUAUGCCAGCCUUACCAUAAUUGUCAACUACUUACUCGUCAUAUUUCUGUUACCUAGCACUAUGGUAUUGUGUUGCAAGGAAGGUCACAAAAAGUUCUUGCCUAACGUUGACAUAGCGUCAAAAAUAGCCUAUGUGGUUUUUCGCUACCGUUAUUUUCUCGUAGUAGCAGCGAUUACUGCUACAGUAGCUGCUGGUAUCGCUGUUUUUCUAAAGCCAGGUCUUUCACUACCUCGAUUCAACCCUACAAAGUUGCUAACAAAUUCACAUCCCUACGAAUGGUACGAUAACAACGGACAUAUUUUCAAUUUUGAAUGGCAGCGCAGAUGGAAGUUCAUAGAAAAUUAUAUUAUUGGCGUGGAACCGAUACAAAAAACAAGUUUUUUCAAUCCAUACAAAGUGUACAACCUGAAUGUAAGAGAGAUCGCCCCUACACGGCUGAAUUUGGAGCAGAUUGAGCAAAAUAUUGAUGCAAUCAUCGUGAAAAGAGGACACGUAGGCUAUAAGUCAUGGUUGAGCAAGUUUCGCACCUCUAAUAGCACGUGCUCAAAAUUGGAGGUGGUUGGCUCUGACUGUUUUCUCGAAUUCGCCAGGAAGCUUCUCCCAUCGCCAGUUUGCGAAGAUUUUGCGGUAACACCUAGUGAUGGACCAAUUUUUGACAAGAAAUUCAAGCUCCUUGGCUACUACAUAUCAGUUCCCUCAAACGUCACAGUAACUAUGGAUUCGAAUGAUGUCGAAAAAAUCGCAGAGGAAAUAGAUAAGAAUUGUAAACAAAUGGUCCCCGUGGACGGAUAUCCUAGGAUGUGUUUGACAACGGCCGAUAUGACCAGAUAUUACGACAUCAUCGCCACUCUGCGGUCUUCCACCCUGUACUCGGUGACAAUUUCGGUGUUGGUCAGCAUGGCUGUUGUGAUUUUAUGCACCAGACGCAUCCUGCUGUCCAUAGUGAGUGUGACUGUUGUUUGUGGUGUGAUACUUUGGACAAUUGCGUUAUCGAUACUCUUUGGGUGGGAGCUGAGUGUCGUUGAGUCAACGAUCAUAGUGCUUACAAUCGGCUUAAGUUUCGAUUUCACACUUCAUUUUGCCGUUUCAUAUAGAGAUAACAAAGAAAAUUGCGCUGAAAUUCGCAUCAGUUCUUGUCUCUCAUCAGCAGGUCGUGCUUGUCUUCUCGGAGCUAUCACAUCAAUACUUUGCGGAAUACCUCUACUAUUCGCGUAUACGGCCGCUUUUACUCAGGUGGGCUCAUUGUUACUAACACUUGGUGUGACGUCAUUAUGCGGCGCUACUAUCGCAUUCCCAGCUGCGUUGGCAUGUUGGACGACGUUGUGUUCGAGGAAUGUUUAUAUUGUACGAUUCUAG